UGUGCGAGCGUUUAAUAGCAGAGCUGCGCUCCUUCAGCCCGAGCCGAGCAAUCAGAGCCGCCACAGGAAGACCGAGCUGCACGAGUCAGACGACAGAGGCGGACGUUGGGUCUGAGCAUCAGAAUGAAGACCUCUCUGGGAACUCUGACUCUCUGCAUGGUGGCUCUCAUGGCCACAGGUUUCCCAUUUGAGAGGAAAGGAGCCUCAGGUGGAGCCGCCAAGGAGAAGCGUGUUCAGUAUGCAGCAUGGGAUGACGUGAAUGUCAUCGCCCACGGCCUGCUGCAGCUGGGCCAAGGGCUGAAGGAGCACGUGGACAAAACCAAAGUCCAGAUGAGGGACAUCUUCGCCAAACUCAAAGUCUUCAACCGUACCAUGAGUGAGCUGGGAAAGGAGAGCCAAAGGCUGAGAGAGGAGGAGGAGGUGCUGAGGGCUCGAGCCCAGGGGCUGGAGGACCGAGAGGGACAGCUGCUGAACGUCACGGCCGAGCUGAGGGAAAAGGCGGAGGAGAUACAGCAGGAGAGGAGGACCAUGAGCGAGAGGAUGAGCCGCCUCGAGGAGAGAGUGGACAGCAUGCUGCAGGGGGCCGCAGCAUCGCCCGACAUGAGCGCCGGCGCACGCAACAACAGCCAUGACGGCAGCAUCCAGGACAUGGUGGAGUCUCAGAGCCGACGCAUCAACGACCUGAUGGAGCGAGUCCGGCUGCAGCAGGACAAGCUGGACAAACAGAACGUGAGGAUCCGGACACUGCAGAGUCAAAUCCAGCAGCCCAGACAGAGGUCUUCCUUUCCAGGGAGGAGCAGCACCGAGGACCCCCUCCAGGGCGGCGCUGCAGAGCAGCAAGACACUCCAGUCGGGACGGCAGUCGAUUGUCAUGACUUGUUCCUACGUGGACAGACAACCAGUGGGGUGUACAGCGUCCAGCCAGCGGGGUCUGAGCCCUUCAGUGUCUUCUGUGAGAUGACGGCAGAUGGCGGCUGGACGGUCAUCCAAAGGCGUCAGGAUGGCUCCGUGGACUUUGACCAGCUGUGGGCGGCUUACGAGAAGGGCUUUGGCAGCCUGGAGGGAGAGUUCUGGUUGGGUCUCCAAAACAUCCACUCGAUUGUUCAGGACAACAGCUACGUCCUCAGCAUUCAGCUCUCAGACUGGGGGGAGGACUUCGUUUCUGUCCACCUUCCCAUUCAACUGGGUGGAAAACAGACCAAUUAUUCGCUCCUGGUUCAGGAACCUGUGGCAGCCAACAGCCUCCAAAGCUCGCUGGGCUCCGACUCUGCGGCCGCCGGGCUGUCCUUUUCCACCCCAGACCGGGACAAUGACCUCAAGGUGGACAUCAGCUGUGCCAAACUCCUCUCUGGUGGGUGGUGGUUCAGUAACUGUGGACGCUCCAACCUGAACGGUCGGUACUUCCAGAGCCCUCCACCCAAGCAGCGACACCAAAGGAAGCAAGGCAUCUUCUGGAAGACCUGGAGAGGGCGCUACUACCCCCUGAAGUCCAGCGUCAUGAUGAUUGCCCCAGCAGCAGUCACCAAGUCGUAAAAGAGUCAAGAGGAAGAGGAAGGAAGAGGCAGACUCUGGUCCUUUCUCCUCUGACCCCCGUCUCAGUGAGGGGACGCUCAGACACAGACAACAAGUAACACAACCCCAAAGAUGGUUCUGUCAUGGAGAUGUUUCCAGUCUACAUCCAGCUGGUGGCUGGAGUCAGAUAAAAGCAAGUUACCACCGGAUGACGAAGGCAUUAUACACUGGGACCCGGGCGUCAGGUCGCCGAGUCUCUGACCUUCAGGCGCGCAGGUGGAACGGGACGAGGCUGCUCACACAAACGUUUGAAACCCAAAGCUGGUGGGGAAGAUUUUUCAGAAGAAUGUUAUCAAUAAAAACAAAAUCUACAAAAUAAAAUAAAAAAGAUUCGAGCAAAGUUAAACGACAGCAGAUCCAGAAGCAAACACUGCAUAAACUGCAUUCCAGCCUUCCAAACAUCUGCCAGAACAUCUGGAUCACGCUAAAAGGAUUCUUUACUGCUCUUUAUCGUCUGGGAAGGUUUUGUUAAAUCAAACUGAGUCAUAUUGACUUUUCUAAACGUAGAGGCAUUUUUUUGUACUUUGUGUUUAAAGUGCGUUUUCAGGAAUUGUGGUUUGUAGUAAUAUAAUCUCUGUGCUUUUAUUGGAGAGUAUGUUAUUGUAGAUGGUCUAUUUAAAAAUAUAUAUUUUUGUGUUUUUUCUAAAAAGAAAAAGUACAUUAUUCGGCCACGAUGAGCCAGUAAACAGAUUUAAACCAG